AUGCGAUUAUCACAAACCCUUCUCGCCGUUAUAUUUUGCCUGAUUCAUAUCUGCGUCGCGCGCCCCGCAAGCCAUUUAUCCACCUCCACGACCACAGAUCUUGACAUUCGCGCACCAAAUGACCUCAGCACUUUACAUCACCAGCCCGAAGAUACGCUUGUGAAGAGAUAUACGCCCGGAGGGAUGAUUCCACCGGUCAUUGGAACCUGCUAUGGUGCGGCUGCCGUUGGGUUGGCUCAUUGUACGACUAUCCCGUGCUGGUUAGGCACCGGAAUGAUGUUUGGAAUCGGCACGGUUCUCCUAGCUAUUGUUCUGAAUCACACUUAUACCAUUGGGGAUAUCAGUUUCACUCGGAAUGAGCUGAUAGUGAGUGAUAUUGACCGUCACACGAAGGAGAUGGACUACAAAUUGAAGGCCCCGGAGUUAUUGAAGAAAUUCAGAGAAAAUCUCAGCAUUCAAGGCGAAUGGAAGGAGAAAUUGGAGACCAUGGAAAAGAAGGUGAAGGAGAUGAAGGACGAUGAUGAUCAAACCAAGGAACAACGGUACCAGCCCGUGGGCUACAAAGAGAACGUCGAUAUCAAAUGGCAGGCAGAAGACAUACUCGAAGAGGCCUACGAAGUCUACGAGAAUGAUAUCCUAGCCAAGGAAACGGAGGCCAAAAAAAAAGAGAUGGACGAACGAGAAAAGGAGAUUAUGGAUGUUAUAAAAACGCCCAGCGAGGCUCUUGGGAAGCAGUACGGAGCCGAGGCGUUGGGCUACAACUUGGCCCACAUAUUGGUCAAAGUGGCCGAUGCGAACGAGAAAAAGACCAAGAGAACCCAGAAGCGAAAGAGGGACGCUACUUCUCCAGCGAUCGGUAGCCUAACUAUCACGGCGCCGAGCUUUUUCGCCAGUUUUGGUCGACCGCAAGGCACAGGGUCCAAUUUGGAUAUGAAAAUGAUCGGGGUCUUCGGUGGCGAUGAAGAAGGCUUGAAAGACACCAACGCAGCCAAUGUGACCGAGAUUUUAAGGGGGUCCGAGAACAGGAUCACUCCGCACAUCAAGAAGGGACUUCCAGACAAGGAAUGGAUGUGUCUGGACUAUGACAUGGAUGGCGAAGGCAGCCCGGCAAUGAAAGUUGCGGUCACUCUGAGUCAGGAUCCCAAAGUGCGGGAUGCCGACGAGAGAGGGGUGAUGGAGGAGUGCAAUUAUUGUUGUAUGUGA